AAUGGAAACCUGGGAAGUUUAAAAUUACCAAGACUGAAGGCAAUGACAAGCGACUUCUCCCCAGAACCGCCCAUGGAGCUCUGCUAUGAGAACGUGAACGGAUCCUGCAUUAAAAGCUCUUACGCACCCUGGCCUCGAGCCAUCCUCUAUGGGGUCCUCGGUUUGGGAGCCCUGCUGGCAGUGUUUGGGAACUUACUGGUCAUCAUUGCCAUCCUCCACUUUAAACAGCUGCACACGCCUACGAACUUCCUGGUGGCCUCCCUGGCCUGUGCUGACUUCUUGGUGGGGGUGACAGUGAUGCCCUUCAGCACGGUGCGCUCUGUGGAGAGCUGCUGGUACUUUGGGGAGAGUUACUGUAAGUUCCACACGUGUUUCGACACCUCCUUCUGUUUUGCGUCUCUGUUUCAUUUAUGCUGCAUCUCCAUUGACCGGUACAUUGCAGUUACAGACCCAUUGACCUAUCCGACCAAGUUCACUGUAUCGGUUUCUGGACUGUGCAUUGCUCUCUCUUGGUUCUUUUCUGUCACAUACAGCUUUUCCAUCUUUUACACGGGAGCCAAUGAGGAAGGGAUUGAGGAAUUAGUGGUUGCUCUGACCUGUGUGGGAGGCUGCCAGGCUCCACUGAAUCAAAAUUGGGUUUUACUUUGUUUCCUUUUGUUCUUUCUGCCCACUGUGGUCAUGGUGUUUCUAUAUGGUCGGAUAUUUUUGGUGGCAAAGUACCAGGCUAGGAAGAUAGAGGGUACAGCCAACCAAGCUCAGGCCUCCUCUGAGAGCUACAAGGAAAGAGUAGCCAAAAGAGAGAGGAAGGCUGCCAAAACCUUGGGGAUCGCCAUGGCUGCAUUUCUCGUGUCCUGGCUGCCAUACAUUAUUGAUGCGGUGAUUGAUGCUUACAUGAACUUCAUUACUCCUGCGUACGUCUAUGAGAUAUUAGUGUGGUGUGUUUACUACAAUUCAGCUAUGAACCCCUUGAUAUACGCCUUUUUUUAUCCUUGGUUUCGUAAGGCAAUAAAACUUAUUGUGAGUGGCAAAGUCUUCAGGGCUGAUUCAUCAACAACUAAUCUAUUCUCUGAAGAGGCAGGUGCAAGUUAAAACAGUCACAGCAGAGAUGUGAAAUCUGACUAGGGUUUAAGGUCAGAGGUAAAACGAAUCCCUCUAAUCUAGCGAGGUCCCAUAAUCAUUCA